AUGGCUCACACAUCAAGAGAAAACGUAGAGAUCUUGGUUCACACAUCGGCACCAAGUCGAGGCCAAGAUGAUACUAGAUACCGGGCAUUUGCAAGAGCCUAUUUAAAUUUCGAAUCAGCAAAAAGCCUACAAUUACAGGACGAUCCUCAAGACGAUACUGGAAAUGCGGAAGAACGAGAGAGUCUGAUUGAAGGGACGCAAUAUUUGACGCAGGAAUACGAUGAAAAUGCAUCUUAUUGUCCACCAACCCAAGAACCAGAGACGAAUCCGGGGGCAUACCGUGAAAUCCCUGAGGAGGAAUUAUCUGACCUGAUGUAUUCGCCGCAACUGUCUUUUCGAAGUGUUUUGGAUAAUCGAAAUUCUCCAAUGUUUCGCACUCGAAGCAGGACUUUGAUGAGUUUGCAAGUACAGUCUGGAAGCGAAACACUGGAGCAAAGUCGUCUUGAAUUUGGAACAAGUUCUGGAGACAAAACGCCAUGGCGGGAUCAAUUCAUGGAUUCAUUGCCAGCUCCAAAAAGAGAAUCUAAAUACUUGCUCAAUUUUCAUCCCGAGGAGGAUUCGGAGCUACAUCAACAACAAGAGGAGAGCACACAAGACAGUGCUGACGCGAAUGAGAUAUCACAGUUUACGGAUGAGAGUAGCUUGAAUCUUGAGGUGCCACUAGCAAUACCAUUCACUAGCUCUCAGAAUAGUGACGCUCAUCCCAAUUCUGACACUGCCAUUUCGCUACCAUCCCGUCGUUUGCAAACGAUUUCUCCUCCAUGUCGACAGCAUAAGGUUGGUUAUCAGCAUGUGAACGCACUUCCAAUUGCGACUUCUGGUGCAGAUGAUCUCGAUAUGAUAGAUUUUGACAGCUUCAAUAAUGCGCAGGCUUCAGGGCAGGCUGCGAAUACUUCAAGUCGACGUGCAAGUCAAGCUACAGAAAUGGAAGAGGUAGCAGAGUUCACGCAUGAAGAAAUGAAUCCGGCUGAAGUUUCAAAGAAAGGAUCAACAUCUAAUACACCUGAGAUUCCAGAAUCAUCUAGCUCGCUGCCCAAACAUGUGCACGGCAAGCGUCAGCGACUCGAUUUUCCAUCGUCAUUGGACAAGAGUCCCAAGAGGUUGAAAUUGGUGAUAUCAGAUACCACGGCUGAAACGUCGUCAGCGUCUCUUCCCGCACCUCAAAGACCUCCCACAUCUACAGCUCCCGAGGCACCAAAAGCUUCUGGUAUUCCGAGCUCCGUUCUUUCAAGCUCCGUUCCUCCGAUGUCGAGCUUGCCAUCUGCAGCAUCCCUAGCAACAUGCAAAAUUCCAUCUUUUACGCCCCCCACUUCUGUUGGUGAGUUUAAGGAGACAGAUAUUCUCACGCCUUCAUUGAAAAAGAUCAAAGCAAACCGCGGUAAUUUUAAUGGAUUGCAAAAGAAACAUUUUAAUCCUACUUUCCAGACUCGGCCCUGUCGCCCUUUGGAGCGCGGAUAUUGGCUUAUUCACGCAGAAGAUCUCGGGGAUCUUCUCAAGAAAAGGCUUUGGUCCUACCUUCUUCGGGUCAUUCCGAAAGGUGAUUUAGGAUGGGGCAUAUCAGCUGAACGUACUAAUGAUUGGAAUACUGUAAGGGUUUAUUGUUGGGGUGGGGUUGUCAAAGAAAUUUACCUCAUGCUUUUUUGUGCUAGUGAAAAUAAGCUGAAAUACGGGGAUGCGUGCUGGAAAGACGCUGACGGAGAAAUCGUGAUCUUGAUGCCCAAAGAGAUCAAGAUCUCAAGUUUCAGUUCAGAGAACUAA